AUGGCGACGUGGUGGCAGCUCUGUGUGUGCAGCCUGGGGAUCCUCCUCCUGGCGCCGUGUUCUCUCUCUGAGCAGUUCUCCCUGGCUGGCUCCCCGCACCCCGUGGUGGGGGUAGUUGGCCGGGAUGUGGUGUUACCCUGCCAGCUCUCACCCGCGUCCCGGCUGCCCAGCAUGGAAGUGCUGUGGAGGAAAACUGGAUCAGGAUUUAUCCCAGUUCACAAGUACUUGGAUGAGGGUACCCAGGACCUGCCAGGGGAGGGUUACCAGACCCGGACGGAGCUGUUCCUGCAGGAAUUCAGCAGUGGGAACGUCUCCCUGAAGCUGAAACGGCUCCAAGUGUCAGAUGAUGGGAAAUACCAGUGUCUUGUGAGGAAUCCAGGCUGGACCCAGGAAGCCGCCAUUGAGCUACGGGUUGCAGCUGUGGCUCCUGUGUUCAUUGAUGUGCUGGGCCCCCGGGGCCAGGGGAUCGGUCUGGCCUGUAGAUCCGCAGGCUGGUUCCCCAAACCCGAACUCCGGUGGGUUGGAAAGAACGGGCAGAACCUGUCGAUGGAGAUUGUGACCAACGUGAUUCAGGACAGGGAGAACCUGUAUACUGUUGUGAGUCACGUCACUGUCACAGAAGGGGAGGACAAUGGAGACAUCGGCUGCAUAGUGCGGAAUGGACUGUUGAAGACUGAGCAGAGAUCUGCCAUUCACCUCUCAGGUGACAUCUUCCCCCGGGUUUCUCCCUGGCGGGCUGCAUUCUGGGUAUUGUUCACUCUGGUUCUCAUUGCUGCUGGAGCUUGUGCAUAUGCUGGAUACACAGCAAAGCGAAAGGCCUCUAAGAAGAAACGCUCUAAAGAGGAGGCUCUGUUACUUCGUGAGACUGAGAAGAAGACCUGGGACACAGAGCGCCAGGAGCUCCAUGAGACAAUUGAUAAUGUGAGGAAGGCCUUGGAAUCAGAUUUCAGGAGGGCUCGGAGCUACAUGGUUCCUGUCACCCUGGAUCCAGAUUGCAAACACCCCGAGCUCACCAUCUCUAAGGAUGGCCGAGGAAUCCAACAGGACCCUGCCUCCCUAGGCCCAGCUACCCCUCCUGAGGCCCUGGUCGCUGUGGGGAGGGAGGGGUUUGUGUCCAGGAAAGAUCAUGAUAAGGAGAGAGGGACUUGCCGCGGGUACUGGGAGGUGGAGGUGGGGAACAGCCUGGACUGGGAGCUGGGAGUGCUGAGUGAGUCUGUGAGGGAGACAGUGAGACAGGAGAGGCUGGAGAGACUCCCUGAGGAGGGGUGCUGGGCUCUGGGGAGAUCUGAGGGGCUGUAUCACCCCGGGGAGGCCAACACUGUGAUCCAGAACUUGGGUGUGAGGCUGACAGUGGUUGGGGUGUAUCUGGAUCUAGAAAGGGAGAGUCUCUCAUUUUAUAGUGUCAAUUCAAUGGCCCUUAUCCUGGAGAUUCCUGUGGAAGGUUCUGAGAAAUUGUUCCCAUUCCUCAGCACUGGUCACGCUGCGGAGAAGGACCAGGGGAAACCCCUCAGCAUCUGCCCCCCCAGUGACUGGGAUUUCCCCCAGAAAUUAGGAGUUAGUGGGUCUGAUAGUCAGGGAGAUUCCAGAGCCCCUGCACAGACCCCUGCCCCGAAUGACAGGGAAGGGGCAGAAAACAGCACAGGACCUGCCAUAGGAAAAACAGCCCCAUCGCCCGGACAGCACCCAGCUCCUGCAGACAAGGAAGUGGAAAAAAACAGGGCAAGGCCAUCUGUGGGAGAACAUUUCCUAAAGCUCUUCUCCACAAAAUGGAGGAUGGGGGAUAAAACACAGCAGGAGCAUCAACAAUCGGAAACACCCCCCAAACAGAAGGGGAAAAAGAACAGCCAAAACCCCAAUGUCUGAAACCCACCUGCCGAACUCCUCCCAUGGGCAAAGAGAAUCAUGAAAGAAAAACACCAAGAGAGGUCUCUGGAGCUGACUCUUCUCCCAGGCAUACCAGGGACAGGAAAUAUGUUGUGUGAAUCAGACCCAAACGCUGACACUUGGGAAAGAACCUCGCUCUAAUGGGAAAGUGGGGAAAUGGCGACACGUCAGAUGUUUCCUCCCGACCCCAAACUCAAAAGAGAACCUCAGCAAUUCAAGAUAAUGCUUUAAAACAAUCCCCUGUUAAAUCAGAAUGUGCUAAUUGGAGGGAACUGCGUUAACAGGAUUGUUAAAUGUAGGAAAUUCAUUACACAUCAGUUGGGGGAUGCAGAGGGGAAGAGUCUCGCACUGGCACUGACUCACUUCCAUUGCACACACACGCAUAGGUGUCAACUUCUCCUGGCACCAGUGGAUGCUCGUGCCCCCCUGGGUCCACCCUGACUCCACCCCUGCCUCGCCCCUGCCCCACAUCCCAUUCCAACCCCUUCCCCAACUCUGC